CUGGGUUUAGUUCCCUAUUCUUCCAGAAAGAUAUUUAAGGAACUCUGCAGUGAUCUGUUUAGGCUGAAAGUUAAACUCCAUGUGGAAACGCUGUUUAAAUGGCACAUUGGGCAAAAUCAAGUGACAACCGUGAUAAUGUUGCUUGCCUUGAUGAGCCUGGUACGGUGCAGUUUGAUACCCAGUCGCUGAAAUCUCUGCUACCUUCAAGUACAGCUUUAACAUGCAUUCAACGAAGACUGAAGUUAUUUGGCCUUGCCCUUGUGGUACUAUAUGUCAUUGUCCUGAGCAUUCUAUUUCUUGUUAUUGGAUUCAAAGUUCAGAAUUCAAAUUAUGAAAAAGACAUUCAGGAAUUGGCUGAAAAGCAGGAAGGAGAUAUUAAUGCACAGACGACUCAUGAAUCUGCUACUAUUCUCAAGCAGUUUGGCCAGAACCUGUCGGCUUUCAGAUCUGAGCUUUCCACGAACACCCAGAAUCUGCAGAAGUUAAGGCAAAACUUGCAGGAUAACAACUUGCUCUUUAAUGAAAUGCAGAAAACCGUGGAACAGUUAACAGCAACACUUGAAGAAUUAAAGAGUAAAGUAGACUAUGCAAAUUCAACAUCCUUGGAAAACCUGUACAUGUUGCAAGAGGAAAUUACACAACGGAGAUCCUUCUUUCAUAACACUUCUACAGAGAUUGCAGGAGUGAGGCAGGAGUGUAUGACUUUGGAAAAGGAAAUGAAAGAAGAAGUAAAGACGUUAAAUAAAAUCACUAAUGACCUAAGGUUAAAAGAUUGGGAAAAAGCCUUUAUUUUGAAUAAUUUAACUUCAAUUCAAGGUCCUCCUGGUCCAAAGGGAGAAAAGGGAGACACAGGUGUGAAAGGAGAUACAGGAGUGUCAGGAUUUCAAGGAAUAAGAGGAUUUCCUGGCUCUAAAGGGGAAAAAGGUCAAAAUGGAUAUUUAGGUUCAAAAGGAGCUCCUGGAAUUCCAGGUCUCAAAGGACAAAAGGGUGAAAAGGGAGAAGAUGCAGCAACGACUCCCAGUAGAACCACCACAACUCCAUUAGUUCGAUUGGUUGGGGGCUCAAGUUCUCUCCUAGGAAGAGUUGAGGUUUUUCAUAAUGGAGAAUGGGGCACAGUGUGUGAUGAUCACUGGGGUCUUGAAGACGGUAAAGUUGUAUGCAAGAUGCUGGGAUACACUGGUGUUGCUCAAGUUUACGUCAAUGCCUACUUUGGCCAAGGACUUGCUCGAAUAUGGAUGGAUGAUGUUCAAUGCAAUGGAAUUGAAAAGUCAAUCUUUGAAUGUAAAUUUAAAGGCUGGGGCAUUACAAACUGCAGACAUACUGAAGACGCUGGAGUCCGCUGUGUAGCCUAGUUUUUCCCAUGAACAUGGUUGCACGAGACAGACCUUUGCAUAAAAGAGACACAUUCGUGUUUUUUAGAAUGGUAUCACAGUCCAUCCUGAUUUCCUUGCUUUCUCCACAGCUGCAGCUUCACCUUCCCUGAGCUUGUUCACUGCAUCUACAUCAGGGAUUUCCCACCUUUUAUACCUUGGCCACAUUCAAAUUGUGUGCAACACAAGUAAAAGAAAAAGAUGCAAGGAUUACAAAAGGCUCUGUUUGGCAGUACACUGGGUUUUUAAUGGAACCAAAACUUGACUCCAAGUCAGGAAUUUAAAAAUAAGCACCUGCUUUGCGGCCACUGAGAGCAAAAUCCAAGGGGUUGGUGUGUGAUAUGUUGCUCCUGAGCCACUAGUCUCCAUAAUCCAGUGUUAUGGGGAACACCGCAUGAUAACUACUAACCAGAUUAAAAGAUAGCGGAGUUUCAACAUAAUGAAUCAAUAUACGCAAUAAUGUUUUGUAUGUCUUCCACUGGCUUUCAGCUAGUAUAACACAGUGCAUACAUAUAGAUGUAUAUUCACACUUGGAUUGCACAGCUGCAUUUAUAAAUUCACCCCACUGAGACGCCUGUUCCAAGGGCAAUCCACUUCCCAAAUUAUAGGCUGAGUAAUAAUGUCUUAUUUUUAUAUUAAAAAUCCAUCUUUAUUUUAAAGGUAACAUUUGAAAAGCUUCCACUCUAUUUGUCAGACCAAUAUCAUAUCAUUUAAAAACCACUGAAACAACCACAAUCUCAAGUACUUAAAGAUCAGAUCACAUGGUCAGUCACCUAUCAUGUCUUUAUUUUCUACAUCAGUAAUCUCUAUGGGCCAAGACACAUUGCAGACGUCACAACAUAAACCAUCUGUAGAGACAUUAAGGAUGUCAUAAAUUAACUGAUAAAUAGUAAUGCCUAUCCAAACCCCAUGUAUGUACAGCCUUUAAUCAAAUAAUCUUCCUUGGUAUCAAACACCAAGUUUCAGUCUCCUCCUCUUUUUGGGGGGAAGUACCUGCUCAAUAAUGAAAAGUGGUUUGUUGCCUGGACUAUGUCCAAUAUCCACUAAAUGUUUUGUUACUGUUAAUGUUACAAAGUUACAUUAAAUAGAUGACCUGUUAUGAGACACUAUCGUG